AUUUGCAUAAGGGUCCGCCUCCCGUCGUGGGCAAGGUGGCUGGUACCGCCUCCCGCUGCCAUGUAAGAGAAGAGGGGGCGUGAGCCAGGGGGUGGCUUGCUGUCUUCCUGGUGUCGUUUAUAGGGUACAGCCACUUCCGCUAUCCACUUAGAAGUGGCGUGAUCAUGGCGGAGCGUGGUCAUCUCCCUCCCCCCACCAAGCACCUCUGCUGCAGACCCGGCUAUGGCUCAGGGUGCAGGCCAGGCCAGCGGGUGGCCAGCGCUGGACUCAGUAGUGGGGCGCUCUGCGCCGGAUCCUCCUCUGCAGCUACUGCUGCUGCUGCAGCAGCAGCAACAGCAGCAGCAGCCGCCGCCGCCGCCGCCGCCUUAGGGCUGCUGCCGCUCGGCAAAACCCAGAGCCCCGACUCCCUACUGGACAUCGCGGCUCGCAAGGUGGCGGAGAAGUGGCCCUUCCAGCGGGUGGAGGAGCGCUUCGAGAGGAUUCCAGAGCCGGUACAGCGCAGGAUCGUCUACUGGUCCUUCCCCCGCAGCGAGAGGGAGAUCUGCAUGUACUCCUCCUUCAAUACCGGUGCCGAGGACCCCGCCAUCACCCCCGGAGGGGCUACCGCCGGCGCUGCGCCGGGGGGGGGGGCGGACACCGCCGCCGACGACGAGAACCGCCUGCCCUUCCGUAGGGGCAUCGCUCUUCUAGACGGCGGCUGUGUCGAUAACGUCCUGCAAGUCGGGAGUGGGCACAUUCCUCAUUUACCAAGCCUGCUGCUGUGAGGAAAGUUGCUGAUACAACAGCAUAGUGUGGUUGUAACACUUCCUUGUGAGCAUGGGAGUCCUUCUCCAGGAGCCUAUUCCAGCAAACUUGCUCCCUCUUGUCACUUUAACUCCUCCAAGGACAGACUAUGAAACAGGCCUAACAAAUGUUUUCCAUUGUGAAAUACUCUAGUCAUGAAUAUGGUAAAUCAAAUUACUUAUUUGCUGUGCUGUGGCUCAUUUACUGCUCUGUGCCUCAUUGCGUAACUCCUAGAACAGAAAAUGCAUAUUGCUGUGCUUAUAAACUUGUGUUUUGGGAAUUAUUUUUGUGAUUGUCAUUUGCAAACUUCACCCACUGUGAAGACCACUGUUUGUCAUUUACCUUGAAGUUACAUGGUUGUUUUAGGCUGGCUUAAAUGUAGCCUGCUGUCAAAGGGAUGCUGCAGUUCUCAAGUUUGCACUUUGUGCCAGGGUUUGUGGAGCUGUGUGGUGAGCCAGACAACUGGCCUGAUUGUGAAUUCAGAUCUUGCUAGGUGAGUUUUACCUGGUUUAUUGUGAAAAAUAAACAAUUAAAAAAAAGUGGUACUGUUGCGUCAAGGGAGAGUAGAUUGUAAGAGGGGGGUACUGAGAAGUGCAGGACUCAUUUCUGUGUCAGUCACACUUAGACUGGCUUAAAAUGAUCAUGAAGCUCUGACUGAUGCCUGGGGAAAGGAGAUGGC